AUGGAAACUCGUAGUCGGAAGCGGGCGGAGGCUUCCUCAGCUGCCCCUUCAUCUUCUUCAUCCAGUCCUAAAACUCGUCCUAACAAGCGCUCUCGUCUUUCUUCUUCCACUUCUACGUCUUCCGCCACCGCAACAACCGCCGUCGCUACCACUCCCAUUCGGUCUGUUAACACUCGUACACGUGCGUCCAGAAACAAAGAAUCCUUACCAGCUAAGAAUCUUCCUCCUAUGGAUUCCAACAAUGAAUCGUCCUCAGCUUCACGACGGGAUCGUCGUGGAAAGAAUUCGGAAAGGGAUAGCUCCGAUAAGGGAAAGGAGAAGGAGCACGAUGUUAGGAUUAGGGAAAGGGAUGCGGAAAGAGGGCUGGCGUUGAAUAUGGAGACUGCUGCAGGGGAUGAGGAUGAUAACGACAGUGACAGUGGUGCUGGGCUGUUGCAUCAGAAUUUAACAUCUGCGAGUAGUGCACUCCAAGGGCUUCUUAGGAAACUUGGUGCUGGUUUGGAUGAUCUGCUUCCGUCAUCCGGGAUGGGUUCGUCCUCUCAUCAGAAUGGGAGGUUGAAGAAGAUACUGUUUGGGCUACGGGCAGAUGGGGAGGAAGGUCGACAGGUGGAGGCUUUGACGCAGCUUUGUGAAAUGCUUUCUAUUGGGACUGAGGAUUCACUUAGUACUUUCUCUGUUGAUUCGUUUGUGCCUGUCCUCGUUGGGUUGCUGAAUCAUGAGAGCAAUCCUGAUAUCAUGCUUCUUGCAGCAAGGGCGCUAACACAUCUCUGUGACGUGCUCCCUUCGUCUUGUGCAGCUGUUGUGCAUUAUGGAGCCGUUUCAAUAUUCUGUGCGAGGUUGCUCACCAUCGAGUAUAUGGAUUUGGCCGAGCAGUCCCUUCAAGCUCUUAAGAAGAUAUCUCAGGAGCACCCAACUGCAUGCCUAAGAGCUGGGGCUCUCAUGGCCGUACUCUCUUAUUUAGACUUCUUCUCAACUGGAGUUCAGCGUGUUGCUUUGUCUACUGCUGCAAAUAUGUGCAAGAAGCUUCCUUCAGAUGCAGCUGAUUUUGUAAUGGAGGCUGUUCCUCUUCUGACAAACCUCCUUCAGUACCAUGAUUCCAAGGUCCUGGAGCAUGCCUCUGUUUGCUUGACUCGAAUAGCUGAAGCAUUUGCAUCAUCUUCGGAUAAAUUAGAUGAAUUAUGCAAUCAUGGACUGGUAACACAAGCUGCAUCCCUCAUUUCAAACAGCAGUUCUGGAGGCGGACAAGCUUCUCUCAGUACGCCAACAUAUACCGGUUUAAUACGACUUCUUUCAACUUGUGCAAGCGGGUCCCCUCUUGGAGCUAAAACUUUGUUGCUUCUUGGAAUUAGUGGUAUUCUUAAAGAUAUUCUCUCUGGUUCUGGAGUUUCUUCUAAUACCUCUGUUUCUCCUGCAUUAAGUAGGCCACCAGAGCAGAUAUUUGAGAUUGUAAAUCUGGCAAAUGAGCUUCUCCCCCCAUUGCCACAAGGGACUAUUUCCCUCCCUACCAGCACCAACUUUGUGAAGGGGCCUGUUAUUAAAAAGUCACCUGCUGGUAGUUCUGCGCAACAAGAAGACACAAAUGGAAAUCCUCCUGAGAUAUCUGCCCGCGAAAAGCUAUUAAAUGAACAGCCUGAGCUACUUAAGCAAUUUGGGAUGGAUCUCCUCCCGGUUUUAAUACAGAUAUAUGGUUCUAGUGUCAAUAUACCAGUUCGGCACAAAUGUCUUUCGGCCAUUGGAAAAUUGAUGUAUUUCAGCCCAUCAGAGAUGAUCCAGUCUUUGUUAAGCAUGACAAAUAUAUCAAGUUUCUUAUCUGGAGUCUUGGCAUCAAAAGAUCCACAUGUAUUGACACCUGCCUUGCAAAUUGCUGAAAUUCUAAUGGAAAAGUUGCCCGAGACUUUCUCUAAGAUGUUUAUCAGAGAAGGUGUCGUUCAUGCAGUGGACCUACUUAUUUUGCCGGGAAAUUCAACCAAUGUCUCAACACAAGCAUCUACUGCAGAGAAGGAUACUGAUUCUUUACCUGGAGCAUCGUCUCGCGUUAGGCGUAAUCGGCGACGCUCUGGCAACUCCAAUCCCGAUGGAAAUCCUUUGGACGAUAUCAAGAGUCCUGUUUCAGUUAAUGUUGGUUCACCUCCAAGUUCUGGAAAUAUUCCAACAGUAAAUUCUAGUAUCCGGUUAUCUGUUAGCGCAGCUGCAAAAACUUUUAAAGAUCAGUACUUUCCUUCGGAUCCCGGGGCUGCUGAAGUGGGUGUUACAGAUGAUCUUUUGCAUCUGAGAAAUCUUUGCAUGAAGUUAAAUGCCGGUGUUGAUGACCAAAGGACUAAUGGUAAGGGGAAAUCUAAAACUUCUGGAUUUGGUCUGGAGGAGUGUUUAACUGGUGUCAUAUCUGAAAUGCUAAAGGAACUUGGCAAAGGAGAUGGUGUAUCAACUUUUGAAUUUAUUGGUAGUGGUGUUGUUGCAACUUUGCUGAAUUAUUUGUCUUGUGGGUAUUUCUCUAAAGAUAAACCCUCAGAAACCCACCUGCCUAAGCUUCGCAAACAAGCACUUGCAAGAUUUAAGUUAUUUGUUACUGUUGCACUGCCUGCCACUAUUGACAAUGAGGAUGUAACUCCUAUGACUGUCUUGAUUCAAAAGCUUCAAAAUGCUUUGUCCUCAAUGGAGCGUUUCCCUGUUUUGCUGAGUCAAUCACCUAGGUCAUCCAGUGGAAGUGCGCGCCUUUCCUCUGGACUAAGUGCAUUAUCCCAGCCCUUCAAAUUGCGUCUUUGUCGAGCCCAGGGGGAAAAGUCACUUAAGGAUUAUUCAGGCAAUGUUGUAUUGAUUGAUCCAUUAGCUAGUUUAGCAGCCAUUGAAGAUUUUCUUUGGCCUCGUAUCCAGCGAAAUGAAUCUGCUCAGAAGUCCAAUGUACCUGCUGGGAAUUCUGAAUCUGGGACAAGUCCUGUAGGAGCUGGUGUUCCACCUCCUUCUACCUCUACUCCAUCCACUACCCGUCGUCAUUCUACGAGAUCGAGAUCUUCGGCUAGUUUAGGGGAUACCACCAGAAAAGAAUUAACUCAAGAUAAAACCUUGAGCUCAUCUAAGGGUAAGGGAAAAGCUGUAUUAAAGCCUGCACAAGAGGCGGCAAGAGGACCUCAAACAAGGAAUGCUGCACGCAGAAGAGCAGCUGUUGAUAAGGAUGUUCAAAUGAAGCCUGCAAAUGGGGAUUCUACUUCUGAGGAUGAAGAUUUAGAUAUAUCUCCUGUUGAAAUUGAUGAGGCUUUGGUUAUCGAAGAUGAUGAUGAUAUUUCUGAUGAUGAUGAAGAUGAUGACCACGAAGAUAUGCUGAGGGACGACUCACUUCCUGUUUGUGUACCUGACAAAGUACAUGAUGUGAAAUUGGGAGACUCAGCUGAGGAGAGUACUGUUACUCCUGUAACUAACGAUGGCCAGACUAAUGCGGCUUCUGGUUCUAGUAGCAAAGUUGGUUCAGUCAGAGCAUCAGACACUGCAGAUUUUAAGAGUGGCUAUUCUUCUAGCUCACGAGGUGCUAUGUCAUUUGCUGCUGCUGCCAUGGCUGGACUUGGAUCUGCCAAUAGCAGAGGAAUCAGGGGUGGCAGAGAUCGGCAAGGGCGUCCAUUGUUUGGUAGUUCUAAUGAUCCUCCGAAGUUAAUAUUCACUGCAGGCGGUAAACAACUCAACAGGCAGUUGACUAUUUAUCAAGCAGUUCAAAGACAGCUUGUACAAGAUGAAGAUGAUGAUGAGAGAUUUGCUAGUAGCGACUUUAUGUCGAGUGAUGGAAGCAGGAUGUGGGGUGAUAUUUUCAUAAUAAAUUAUCAGAAGGCAGAUAGCCAAACAGAUAGGGCUACCCCAGGAGGCCCAAGUUCUAACACUUCUAAAUCUAGUAAAUCUGGGUCUGUAUCAAAUUGCGGUGCUGAAGUCAAGUUGCAUCAGACAUCUUUAAUCGAUAGUAUCUUGCUGGGAGAAUUGCCGUGUGAGCUGGAGAAAUCUAAUCCCACAUAUGAUAUAUUGGCUCUAUUGCGUGUGCUGGAGGGUUUAAACCAGCUUGCACCUCGUUUGAGGGCCCAAGUGGCUACUGAUAGCUUUGCUGAGGGAAAAUUUUUGGAUCUAGACGAGCUAGUUGUUGCCACAGGUUCCAAGGUUCCACCGGAUGAAUUUAUAAGCAGCAAGCUUACUCCAAAAUUAGCUAGACAGAUACAAGAUGCCCUUGCCCUAUGCAGUGGGAGUCUCCCCUCAUGGUGUUACCAGUUAACUAAGGCAUGCCCUUUUUUGUUUCCAUUUGAGGUCCGAAGACAGUACUUCUAUUCAACUGCCUUUGGGUUAUCUCGUGCAUUGUAUCGACUCCAGCAGCAGCAGGGUGCCGAUGGUCAUGGAUCAACAAAUGAAAGAGAGGUUAGGGUUGGAAGGCUGCAGCGCCAAAAGGUCCGUGUCUCUCGAAACCGCAUUUUGGAUUCUGCUGCUAAAGUGAUGGAAAUGUAUUCUAGCCAAAAGGCUGUACUUGAAGUAGAAUAUUUUGGCGAGGUUGGCACUGGCCUUGGUCCCACCCUUGAGUUCUAUACACUUCUAAGUCAUGACUUGCAGAAAGUUGGACUUCAGAUGUGGAGAUCGGGUUCUGAUCAAAUGGAUAUUGAUGGAGAUGAAAAGAAAAAGAAAAGCAGUGAAGGUAAUAUUGCUAGAGACGGGGAACUUGUUCAAGCUCCUCUUGGGUUGUUUCCUCGUCCCUGGCCUGCGAAUGCCGAAGCAUCAGAAGGUAGCCAGCUUUUUAAAGUGAUUGAAUAUUUCAGACUUUUAGGCCGCGUAGUUGCUAAAGCACUUCAAGAUGGACGUCUAUUAGAUUUGCCGUUAUCUGUAGCCUUUUAUAAGCUUGUUCUUGGUCAGGAUCUUGAUUUGCACGACAUUCUUUACAUUGAUACUGAACUUGGGAAAACUUUGCAAGAGUUGAAUGCCCUUGUUUGCCGGAAACAUAAUAUAGAAUCUAUUGGUGGUGGUUAUACUGGUACAGUAGCAAAUUUGCAUUACCGUGGAGCUCCGGUUGCAGAUCUCUGUUUGGAUUUUUCCCUUCCUGGUUAUCCAGAUUACACUUUGAAGCCUGGGGAUGAAAUUGUCGACCUCAAUAAUCUAGAGGAUUAUAUAUCCAUGGUUGUUGAUGCCACUGUCAAAACUGGAAUAACACGGCAACUGGAAGCCUUUAGAGCAGGGUUCAAUCAGGUUUUUGAUGUCUCAUCUUUGCAAAUAUUUACGCCUCACGAAUUGGAUUAUUUGCUUUGUGGCCGUCGGGAAAUGUGGAAGACAGAGACACUAGCCGAUCAUAUAAAAUUUGACCAUGGGUAUACUGCCAAGAGCCCCGCAAUAGUGAAUUUACUUGAAAUCAUGGGAGAGUUCACACCGGAGCAGCAGCGUGCCUUCUGUCAAUUUGUUACUGGAGCACCUAAGCUACCACCUGGUGGAUUGGCUGUUCUAAAUCCAAAAUUAACGAUCGUGAGAAAGCUCUCGUCUACCGCAGCUAAUACUGCAUCCAAUGGGAAUGGUCCUUCAGAAACAGCAGAUGAUGACUUGCCAAGUGUGAUGACAUGUGCAAAUUACCUUAAGCUUCCUCCAUAUUCUACCAAGGAAAUUAUGCACAAGAAGCUAAUGUAUGCAAUCAAUGAAGGCCAGGGAUCCUUUGAUUUAUCAUGA